AUGAUGAUUUGCAGUGCAGUCGUGAUAUGGCCGGGUUCAACACAUGAUGCUUUCUCUUUGGGUCAAUCAACUAUUGCUACCACAGUGGCAAAUGGAGUCUUAGGAGAUAGAUGGCUCUUAGGCGAUAGUGGUUAUCCUCUUCCAGCUUGGUUAUUAACGCAGUUCCUGAAUCCGGGAACGGGUCCAGAAAGACGAUAUAACAAAAGUUUAAAAACCAGCCGCUCGAUGGUUGAACGAGUUUUCGGUAUUCGAAAAACUCGUUUUCGUUGUUUGGAUCGGGCGGCGGCGGUUUACAAUUUAUUCCAGAAAAAUGGGUCAAAAUCCUACUUCACAACCUUGCUAAGAAAAUGA